AUGGCCGCGAAUGCCCCGGGCCAGACGUCUCAAUUUGCCAUCUCCUUGGGAAAGACCGUCGCCCAGAUAACCGCCCAACUCGCUCCCGUACCUGCCCUCGUUCCCUGUGUAGAGCUCCUCUGCGCUAUCAUACAGCUGUGUGAGAACGUAGUGCAAAAUCGGUGCCUCGUUUUCCAGCGCUCACCUGUUAAAAAUCACACAGCUGAACACCCUUUACAUAGGAAUGCAGCUCGGCAGCUACGCGAUAGAUGUCACUACUUUGUACUCGCCUUGCGAGACAGUGAGAAGAGAGAGGUUACUAAAAAUGUCGUUGAUGCAAGAAAUGCAGUUUAUGAAUGUUUGCUGGACAUUCAGACCCGAAUGUCAGCCUGGGCCAAUAUGGGGAAGAUCAAAAGUCUCAUAAAGCAAGAAGAGAUUUCCAGGGAAAUUAUGAUUUGUCAAGGACAGAUAUCCGAUUGUGUGGCCCGAUUCCAGGUACAUGCCUACUCGUCACACAGAAACCCAAUUUCUGACAUAGUCCCUUCUGUUGAACAGCUGACGACUCAAUUUGAAAUGCUCGAGUGGCAUAGGGACUUUGAGGCAAACGCGAGACGCGAUCACGCAGAGCUAAUGGAGAGUCUGUCCGACAUCCAGAAUACUCAAGCAAUUACGAAUGACAUGGUUCGAGAAAUGAUGUCUCUUAUGCAAACGGCUAUGGGCGAGAACAAGGUCGCUGCUGAGAAAAGGCAUGAAAAAAUGUCAUCAAAGCUCUACGACCUGCAACGCCAGUCUGGGCAGCUGCUCCCAGAUUUCCAUCUUAAAUUUGGCGAAGUUCAGAAAAUAGGUGACUUGCCAGUACGAGGGACUGCAACUAUCGAUAUAUUUGAAGGGUUGUAUCUGGGAAGGGAGAAAGUUAUGAUCAAGGCGAUUCGCUCAAUGAAGUGUGAUGAGCGCAGUCUGAGGCGCUUCAAAAGAGAGGGUAAGAUCUGGGGAGAAGUUUGGGACCGCGACCAAGGACGACAUAUUGUGCCGUUCUAUGGUUUUUGUCAGGAGGGGCCAAUUCCGUUCAUGGUAAGUCCAUGGAUGAGGAAUGGCGAUGCAUUAUCCUACGUCAAGGCCAACGACAAGGACCUUGACUAUAGACAAUUCAUUCGAGAUAUCGCCCUUGGAGUCGAGGUUCUGCACACCAUGAACCCUCCUAUCGUUCACGGCGACAUCAAAGGGUCAAACAUUCUUAUCAGCGAUCAAGGGCAUCCUCUUCUGUCUGAUUUUGGGUUAUCGCAGAUCAUUCACGAUGUGUCGGGAACUCCAUUCACACAGAGCAACGUCGUCGCAGACUCUUAUCGGUACUUUGCCCCCGAAGUUUGCAUGGGAAACGGCAAUUUAUCCACUGCGACUGAUAUCUAUGCACUUGCUAUGACUGUUCUUGAGGUACAUCGACUACGAGAAUUUUUCUCUUUUAUUGGAGUUGCUGAAGCGGUAUUGUUCCAGAUAUUGACCCAUCAGCAACCUUAUAGAAAGAUUAAACACCACAUGCACGCAGCCUUUAGUGCGUCCAAGGGAGAGCAGCCUGGAAGACCGACGGAGGCGCAAAUUGUUGCUCGGGGGUUAGAUCAUAAUUUAUGGGCUUUGUUGAAGCAAUGCUGGUCUCUAAAACCGGAGGAAAGACCUCCUGUGCAAGAGUAUAUUUCUCGACUGUAA